GAAAAACAGUGGUUACAAGUUGGAGUUAGCAGGACCCAACCUUGAGUCCUGUGUCACUAGGAUUGCCAACUGUGGUCAUUGGCUGAGGAGGUUCAGCCAUAGGAAAGGGUGAAUUGGUGCUAGGAAGUGUCAAGACAGUUGUACUCCUGGUGCAAGUGGAUGAAGUGUUUCAUGGCGUGAUGAAAGCAGAAUGCUGUCCGAAAUACCGCAGUGGUCCGUCCUCCUCCUUGAGGCUGGCGGAGAGGAGCCUUUCUUAGCCGACGUGCCCGGUUUCCUCGGAUUCACUUGGGGUACCCGUGUGGACUGGCGCUACGAGGGAGUCCCAGGUGUGAUUUGUGGGGGAGUUCCAUGUCCCAUCACGAGAGGGAAGGGUCUUGGCGGCUCCAGUUCUAUCAACGCUAUGCUUUACAUCAGGGGCAACAAAAUGGAUUAUGACUACUGGGCUAGAACGGGUAACACAGAUUGGGAUUUUGAACACGUCUUACAAUAUUUUAAGAAGUCUGAAAACAAUUUAGACCCUGAUAUUCGUGGAGACACGGAAUACCACGGCGUUGACGGAUACUUAAAUGUUGGAAGGUUCCCAUAUCAAAAUGAAGAUGUGAAUCAUCUGGUUGAAGCCUUGAGAGAAAUAGGAUAUGCAGAGGUAGACUGCAACGGUAAGCAACAGAGUGGAUUUAUGAUUGCCCAAGCGACACAAAAGAAUUCUAUACGCCAGAGCACAAAUAGAGCAUUUCUUGAACCUAUACUGAAGAGAAGGCCAAAUCUGAAGGUUGUCACGAAUGUCAGAGUCACUAAAAUACUGAUACAUCCUCAGUCGGUGGCGGCUUAUGGAGUGGAGUAUGUGUUAGAGGGAAACAGACAUGUGGCUGGUAGCAUUUUUGCCACGAAAGAAGUAAUCGUUAGUGGUGGAGCUGUGAAUUCACCACAGUUGCUCAUGCUUUCUGGAGUUGGUCCGAAAGAAGUUCUUCAGCCACUAGGUAUUCCUGUUAUGAAGGAUUUGAAGGUAGGAGAAAACCUUCAAGACCAUGCUUCAACACCUGGUGUUUUCUUUACACGUGAGAAGCACAAAACAUCUCAACUUUCGGAUAUAUUAAUGGAUUUCUUGAAGUACUCGGAGCCAAAGAAGGAGGGACUUUGGGCUUCAACCGGAGUAAAUCAACUGAUUGCAUAUAUAAACACGAAAUAUGCCAAUAAAUCUAUUGACCACCCAGAUGUAAUGGGUUUCUUUAUACAUCUGAACCCCAAGGAAGGGAAUGAAAUAGAUAAAGUGGUAUUUUUUCCAACUGUUCUUAGACCCAAAAGCCGAGGGAAGAUUAUCAUCAAUAGUACAGAUCCUUUCUCUUCACCUCUCAUCUACCAGAACUAUUUCAGUGAACUUGACGACAUUAAAAUACAUAUUGACGCUUGCAACAUUGCUAAACAACUUGCAGAAACAAGCGCAUUGAAGAAUGCGGGCUACGUUUUAAACACAACGUUUCUUCCAACAGAGAACGACUUCAAAACCGGGAAGAACCCUCUUUGGAGAGAUCCUGAGUUUUCUACUCUGUUUUCAAACUUUCAUCUGUGUGGGACUUGCAAAAUGGGACCUUACAGUGACCGCAAUGCAGUGGUGGAUCCCGCACUGAGGGUGCAUGGCGUAGCGAGACUGAGAGUUAUUGAUGCCUCUGUAAUGCCAUAUAUAGUGAGCGGAAAUUUAAAUGCACCUACUGUCAUGAUCGCUGAAAAGGGGGCGGAUAUCAUAAAGAGACACUGGAGGCACCUCUAACGGUUACAACGGAUGGGAACGAUUGUGUAUCUCCCAGAUUACUAUUAUUUUUGCAGGUCUGCCAGACAAAUGCUUAAGAUUUAAUGAUUCAAUAUAUGUAUCCAUCAGCAUAAACUAAGUGUGGAAACGAAAGAAAAUGGUUAUCAGGAAACAUUAAGGGGAAUUAUAAGGGAUGUUACAAUGGCCAUUCCUCGAACUUAAGCUUGAUAUCAGUUACAUUUUCCUUGAAAAUGCUUAUUUACACGAUUACAGGUAUGAGUUGGUUUGGUAAUGAUAUAUUGUACAAUCUAAAAUCUGAUAAAUUUAGAAACUAACUACCACGUAAGUUUAACAUUCCUAAUUAAUGUAAAAUAGCCUACAUAAAUGAGCUGGAAUAUAAAUUAUAGAUAAAUAA